UGGUAUAUCAUAACACGCGCCCACUCGCCUUUCCAUUAAAUCCCAUUUCCGGCGGCUAAGGAGGCAAACCCUUUAAACCUCGCCACAGGAUCCAUCCAUAGCUUUAAACGCCACUAACUCCGAUCUAUCCAUAGCUUAAAACGACAGCUCUUUUGUUUUCUCCGUCCCAAGCUUCCGAUUCUCGUUCUUCCUCCACGUGUCCCCGCCACAAAACGGGAGUUUUCGGUUUGAUCCACUCCGAACAGUAUCCGGCAAUAUUCUAAUGCCUUCGCUCUAUCUAUUGUAAAAAAAGUUUUCAUUCCUUAUAAAAAAGAAGUUUCUAUUGAAUUUAAUAUUUUCGGGUUUAGUGCUGAAUGGGCCAUGGCCGAACCAUCACCAGCGACGAACGGAGUGAAGGAGAACAAAUUAUGGAAAGGAGUUUUUGCUGUCAGUGGAAUCAUGGUUACUCUUGUUAUCUAUGGAAUAUUACAGGAAAAGAUCAUUAGAGUCCCUUAUGGGGUAAACAAUGAAUAUUUUAAGUACUCAUUAUUUCUUGUUUUUUGCAACCGCAUCACAACAUCUGCUGUGUCUGCUGGUUCUCUACUGGCAAGUAAGAAAGCCAUGGAUCCUGUUGCACCAGUCUAUAAGUACUGCCUCAUAUCAGUAUCAAACAUCCUAACCACAACAUGUCAGUAUGAGGCCCUCAAAUAUGUCAGCUUUCCAGUUCAAACCCUUGCUAAGUGUGCAAAAAUGAUACCUGUAAUGGUUUGGAGCACUAUUAUCAUGCAGAAGAAAUAUAAGGGCUUUGACUAUUUGGUGGCUUUUUUGGUGACCCUAGGUUGCUCAAUAUUUAUAUUAUUUCCGGCAGGAACUGACAUUAGUCCUUACAACAAAGGAAGAGAAAAUACUGUUUGGGGCGUUUCUCUGAUGGUCGGUUAUCUUGGGUUUGAUGGCUUUACAAGCACAUUCCAAGAUAAGUUAUUUAAAGGCUACGAUAUGGAAAUACAUAAUCAAAUAUUCUACACAACAUUGUGUUCUUGUGUUCUCAGCUUGACGGGUCUUAUAUUACAGGGACAAUUACUUCUAGCCGUAGAUUUUGUUUAUCGCCACAACGAUUGUUUCCUUGAUAUUUUAUUGCUUUCCACUGUAGCAACGGCCAGUCAAUUCUUUAUUUCUUACACGAUUCGUACAUUUGGUGCUCUCACAUUUGCUGCCAUAAUGACCACAAGACAGCUGGUGAGCAUCAUGCUGUCAUGUGUGUGGUUUGGCCAUCCCCUCAGUUGGGAACAAUGGAUUGGAGCAGUCAUCGUGUUUGGCUCCCUGUAUGGGAAGAACUUGAAAAAUACAUUGCCGAAGCUUGCUCCUCCGCAAAAAAUACAAAAUGGAGCUUCUAGUCCUUUGAAAGAGAUGGCUUGAUAUCUUCAGGUCUGAAUUCGCACCAGUUGCUGCAUCUAAUUCUUCUUUGAUUAGAAUUUAGCGGGUGAAAAUGAUCUCAUGAAAUCCAACUGCAGCAUCCAAUAUGAUGGAAUUGGAACUUUUGGGGGAAAAGAAUUAUGUUUUGAAGUUACAUAUACGAAUUAUGAACUGUGCACAUCAAUGCUACUUGUCCACCUUGAACCUCUUUCUUUUUGUGUGUGUUUUAUUUAGAGAAGGGGUGGGAAUGUGUACGUGUCGCAUGUUAUUACCAUUGAGUAGUUCGAUAUUAGAUUUACGAGUAAAGUAUAUUAGAGGUAGGUGAAUUAUAUUCAAAUGUU